CUCUCCUAUUCCCGAACCAAUCAGAAGCCGCAAAACUCUGAAGCCGGCCGCAGGCUGUUCAGUUACUGCAGUGAUAUCUUCAAUCUCCCUAGUCCUGAUAGUGGUUUCUUUCCCCUUUGCAUCCACCCAAAUCACUCACAAUGUCGUCUCACGACAAUCAAUUAUCUCGGCAUAAAAGAAGAAAGUUGGACAGCGCCACGGAGGGCGAGGAGAUUCCUGCUAUUAUCACCUCGCAUACCCAACUCCGAACCGUCCUGACCUUUCAGCAGAACCCUGCCGAAUCCAAGCAAGGACUACGAAAGUUCAAGGACUUUCUCACUUCUAUCGCGCAGGCAGAGAAUGACGGCGAGAAAGCCAAAAAAUUCCGCAUUCUCAAAGCUUAUUGCGACUCGCAGUUCUCCCAAACUAAUGAGAAUGAGGCUGUCUGCUUUACGGAUCUCGUCCAGACCUGGGGCUUCGCUGAUAGCAACAACAACGAGUCAUUACUGACCACGGUUCCUGCCGUUCUAGCUCAAUUUUUCAAGACGGUCUCCACGAACCUAGACUUCCGGGACUUCGGCUUGGCAUUAUGCAAGUAUCUCUUGCAGAAAGAGCAGUUGAAGCUUUUCAACCGUGGCUUGACGGCGGUGAAAUCAAAGGAACAUCUCAUCUCCCCCUGCCUUCGUCUCUUGACGGAAAUGGUCACCUUCGACGGGGGCGCUGUCGCACGUCAGGUCUACCAGGCGCGGCACAUUACUUUCAAGCGCGUCGAGUUCUUCCUCACCCCAAACAAGGCUCAAUUGGAGGAGAUGGCUGAAGAUGGCCAUAAGUCGACACUGCGAAGAAACGCUCAAAAAUACGUUCUUGCGCACUUGAAGUUCCAGCACGCCAAUGCGAAAAGCGAUAUCAUUGAACAGCACAAGGUGAUUAGAGCAUUCCUCGAAUAUAUUAGGAAGGACCCUCGGGAUAUUGUUAUGGAAAUUAUCCAGUGCAUUGAAAGAGAUGUUAUCCGUGAUACUUCCAUCACUCGUAAUGCAAAGACGAAGUUCUUCAGCCGAUGGAACCUUGAACGACUCGUGACCCUGUAUGGCUAUGAGCGCGAGUCGGACGAGCCCAAUCCAACCGGUGUCUCGACUGCAAAUGAGGUUCACAAGAUCUUGAUGAAUGUUUGCACGAACCCUGACCUUGGCGUUCUGUUGCCUGAAACCGGCUGGUAUCCCACUGGAAGCGACCCUGAAACUCUACCGACGGACGACGACAGUCUGAUCGAUCUGGGUCUGGAUUCGGCGGUCUAUCUGGACAAAUACAACAAGACUGUGCCCGUUCGUAACGGAACACUGUCUUAUUUGAUUCAGGCUCUCCGUCCGGAUACAGAUAGCCUACAGAUCGAGCUUCUCGUUGCUAUUUUCAAAGCAGCACCGGAACUUGUUGCGGAUUUCUUCACCAAGAAGACCAUGUUCACCACGGACCCUAAACCCACGCCCUCCUGGAUGGCAGAGUCUGCUCUUCUGUUCUCCACCGUGCAGCUCCCAGUUCCCUCGAAUUGUGGUUACAAGGACAAAUUGCCUCCGAUGCCACCGCCGGUAUCUGUGGUGAUCGAGAACGUCCUCCCGCGCCCUCUGUCGCAAAAGAUCCUGAGUCGUUGCCUGAACAUGAACACAGAGAUUGUCACGCUCUUUGCUGUUAGAAUUUUGACGAUUGCCUUCAACAAGCUGCGGGCUGUCCUCAAGAUCUUCAAUGCUGAUCAUGGCGUUAGCCAGUCGCUCUGGACGCAGGCGGCCAACAAAUUGAUCGCCGAGUUCUGUCGAAGAUGCCCAGCUGUCAAGGAGGUGAUCCUCUUAUUCAAGAGAACCGCUAAAGAAGAUCUACAGCAGCAAGAUGCAGUCUCGGAGCUUCUUGCUUGCUAUUAUGAGAUCGUUCCAGAUGCUGCAUUGGAGGAAGGAUUUGACGUUUCUCUAGUCAUGGUUGACAUUCUGAAGCAACUGGACGAACAAAAUCUUGACGCGGACGACUCCGAGCUAUUGCUGAGUCAAUUGCAAAAUCUGCUCAAGAUUACCCAGCAGUCUGCGUCGAUGCGUUGGUGGCAGCAGCCAGCUUCCAUGCAAUACUCAGCUUUCACUUCUAUCUUGAAAGUUCUGGUUCGAGCCUCAUCACGGGAGUCCUUGAACGAGAUUGACAAUUUACUCAGGAAGGUACUCAACGAGUACUCGAUCAUACAGAGUCCUUCCGUCUUUUCCUCGAUAUUAUCUAGCUUUGAGACUACCGACUCCGACAAGCUGCAGCACCAGCUGUCUUUCUUUGAUAAUUGUGUUUGUCGUAUCGCAAAGAAGCCGGUUCAUUAUCAAGACCUCCUUGAAACCUCGUUCGAAGAAGUGUCUAAGCCACUUAGCCUCAUCACAGCUGCUGUCCUCGAGCAGUGGCAGUUUGUGGUGAAGGCUGGCGACAAGACUGUGGAGCUCGCGGUGAGCGCUUGGAUUUCUAAGCUGCUCGGAGGCCUGAAACGCGCUGGAGAAGACCCCAAAGCCUUGAAGGCCGCUCGGGACACAUUGAUGGGCGGCACCGAGAACAAGAAGUCGAAGUCAGCCUUGAAGAAGGCGUGGAAGGAGAGUGAAGAGUCGGAAGAGGACAAGGUCGAUGAAGUCCGUACCUCUACACGAGAUAAUUUGCCCACCGAAGCCACUGGACAACAGGCGGCGGACUUAGACGAGAUCUUCGGCACACUGCCAGUAGAGGGCACCACUCACAACGGACUGUACCGAUGGGAAAAGGAUGAAAUCGACGUUGCGGUCGAGCAGGGUCGUGUUGCUGAUCUGAUGCUUUGCUUAUGCUCGGCGCAUGAAGAAGUGCGCAGGCAGGCAUUCGCAAAUGUGAAUCGCUUCAUGGCGAAGCUUAAGGAUUCUAAGUACGUCGAAUGGCGAUCCGUCUACAUCCUCACGGGUGAGCUGCUUGAAACCGUUAAACAGAUUGGCCUCGAAUCCCCUGUACCUUGGAUUGUUGGGGAGUGUGCCUCUAGCUGUCUCAAUGUCCUGACCAACCCAAUGCACAAACUGUAUGGCAAGGUCAACAAGUUCCUGCAGAAGGCUCCUUCUUGGGAAGUGGAGAAGAUUCCCUCGUUUUGGAUUGACAAGAUCUUGCUACACGAACCCGAACUUGAUGAUGGUUACUUUGAAGAGACAGGGUGGCUGUUCGAUUUACUCAUCAAAGGUCUCCGCACUGAAGCGGAUAUGGAUAUCUAUCGCCGUGCCAAUGUUUUUGAGCGAUCCCUCUCCUACUAUGAAGCCCCCAGUGCGGCGCACUCGGUGAAGAGAAAGAUUCUGCAACUGUUGUACCGCACGACCCAGGUGCAGGGUAGUACGACCUUGAUUACGAGGGCGGGCAUUAUGAGUUGGAUUCAAAGUCAAAUGCCAGCCGUGACGGCUAAAGAAACGCCCACGUUCACGGCCAUUGCCCAGUCCCUGCAGCAGACCUCUGACAGCGACCGGGUCGAAAAGUGGAGUGGAGGAGCUGUUCUGCGAGCGGUUGAGAACAUUGCGGGCUAAAGGGCUAGCCGUUGGGAUAUUAUAAUUGUUGUAUACGCUUGAUAGACAUGUGUUGGAAUCCAAUUGGCGCUCGGUUGAG